AUGUCCGCCACCCUCAUCCUCGUCACCUCCGACGACCCUCCCGUCCGCCUCGAGGCGUCGCGACUCGUUCUCGCUGCGGGCUCAAAAGUCUUCGCCGACAUGUUCGAGCUACCGCAGCUCGAGAGGCGCGACAAGGCGGCCGAGGCCGGCGGUGAGGAAGGCUGCGUCGUCCUCGCCGAGUCCGAGAAGGUCGUCGCGGCGUUGCUCGCCGUGUUUGAGGGCAAAGCUGUCGGCGAGCUCGACACAAAGACGUGGGAGGCCCUCGCACGAGCUGGCGACAAGUACGACAGCCCCGUCGUCAAGCAGUACAUCGAGCGGCGCGUCUGGGAGCUCGAGGCCAAGGACACUCUCGAGCUACACAGCUACGCGCUCGCGACAUACUGCGGGAACGACGAGCUCCUAGAAAGGACAGCUCUCGGGCGGUCGACAGCGUGCGAGACGCAUUGUACGACUCGGGCCCCUCGCAGGAAUGGCAGCGUCGUCUGAUCAACUUCAGAGCUCGGAGAAGUGCCGUGCUGUGCGACGUCCUCGGGAGCGCUGCGUCGACCAUCGCCUGCACGGGCUGGCGGUGUAACGGCAACUGCAAGACAGACGACUGCGACCCGUACAAAGUGGUCACCGGCGCUCUGCUCCAUGUCCUGCGCUUGGCUCGCGUCGGCUCGAGCAGGACGAGCGGACCUUUUACCGAGGCCUUCACUCUCCUCGAAGGUAUGAUGUGCUAUCGCCGACACGCCCGUAACCUGCUCGAGGAGGCCGAGCAACGCUGGACGCAGAGCGUUCCCUCGUUCAAGGCGACGUACUAGCGACUCGACCCGGCCACAUGUAGUGAUUUUCGUCGCGCUUGAUCCUGUGUGCAACUUUGCGUCGGCAAUAGCGUCGUAACCGCUCAGCGCCGCCG